UGAUGCUGCCAGGUUGAGCAUCCAAACAGCAGCAGACUGUCAGACUGAACACGAGGAAAAGACUCUGACAGAAGACCACAGCACACUGUCGGAUCAGCUGAGUUUGAAACGCCUCAGAGGACUCAGAAGAAGGAAAGAUGACUCUUGCAGCAUACAGAGAGAAGAUGAAGGAGCUCCCUCUAGUGUCUUUCUUCUGCUCCUGCAUCCUACCAGAGCCUCGGGAAAAGCCCACCAAGAAAACACAAGAUGUUGUGGACCUCAACCUGGGCAUUAUUAAAGACAUGGAGGUGAUCGAGCUAAACAAGCGGUCAUCGGGCCAGGCCUUCGAGGUCAUCCUCAGACCUCCAUCUUUUGACGGUCAGAGGGAAUUUCAUCCCACCUUUCCACCUCGCAGAGACCCAUCACUGGAAGAGAUCCAGAAGAAACUGGAUGCAGCUGAAGAGAGAAGAAAGUGUCAGGAAGCUGAACUUCUGAAGCACUUGGCUGAGAAGAGAGAACAUGAACGAGAGGUGGCCCAAAAAGCCAUAGAGGAACACAACAACUUCAUCAAGAUGGCCAAAGAAAAGCUGGAGCAAAGAAUGGAGAUUAACAAAGAGAACCGGGAGGCCCACAUCGCUGCCAUGCUGGAACGUCUUCAGGAGAAGGACAAGCAUGCUGAGGAGGUGAGGAAAAACAAGGAACAGAUGGAACUGGACUGGCAGUAGAAUAACAUGAAUCAAGAGCGUUUCUUGUCCAGAAUUUCAAGAAAAAACUAAAUAAGGCCUAGCAGGUCCUAGUCAUGCUAAGAAAGGCUGUUUUAUGGAAUUGGCAAUGAUUCGAAGGCCUGUCAUACGAUAUUUGCAGCUAAAGAAACAGCAUUCGUAUGUCUGCUGCCAUGCAAAGCACUGUGUAUCGUUGGGAAUCAAUUAGAAAAUGCGAAAAAGUCGUUUGAUUUGUUUGCCGCCAAACUGUGUUAUGAUCUCUUUAGUCUUUAGUAUAUAAUAGCUUUGCAUGUAUUGAUGGGAUAAAGAUAACGAACGACAAGAUGUGUAUUUGUGUUGUACCUCUGUGAAUUAGUUGUUUGUAAUAUUGUUUGUGCAUUCAAGAGGUGAUGUGUACUUAGUACUGUAGUUUGGCUUUGUAUUUAUGUCCUAGUGUUGGUUUCUCGUAGUAGAGUAUUUGUUAGCGCCAACAAAUAGUGUAUUAAAUGUGUCCGAAAUCACCGUUUUAAUGCUUGCAUGCCGUGAUACACUUGAUAAAGCUUGUGAAAAGCCA